AUGGUAGAAGUUUCGCUUACAGUUGGUAAACUAGAUGCUUCAUUAGCGCUUUUACUAACAAAAGAUCACCACUUGAUUGAGUUCCCGACAAUUUUAUUGCCCAAUGGAGUUAGAGCUGGAUCAAUUGUUAAAUUAAAAUGCGACCAAGAUCAUGAAAGUGAAAAGGAGGAGGUCUUAAAUUUUCAAAACAUUCAGGAUGAGAUCUAUCAAACUUUUGCCACUCAUCCACCAAAAGCUCCCGUUUUACAAAUUAGAAACACGACUCAAACGUCAUGUGUCUUGGAGUGGGAUACAUUGGAUUUAGGCACAUCUAAUUUGAAAAACUUGAUAUUAUUCAAAGACGGCAAAAAGUUGGGAUCCAUUCCACAGCCAAUGAAUAACAAGACAUCAAAGCUCUCGGGAUUGCCUGUGGACAAGAGCUUCAAGUUCCAAUUACGAUUGGAUACCACUGCUGGUAUCUUUUGGAGUAAUGAGGUUGAAGUCAGUACUCACAAAAUGACUGAUCUUUCUGGUAUAACUGUAUGCCUUGGUGAUUUUAGUCCUAAUGACCCAUUUACUGCGGAAGACAUUGAAAAGACCUUGGUGAAUAUUGGAGCAAAACACCCGGCCCAGCAUCAAGUAAAAGUGGAUACUACACACUUUUUAUGUACCAGAGAGAAUAAACAAAAUCCCGAAUAUACCAAAGCGAAUGAUAUGAACAUCCCUAUAAUCAGACCUGAAUGGAUAAAGGCAUGUGAACGUGAGAGGAGAAUUGUUGGAGUUCGUGACUUUUACGUCAAGGAGUGUGUUUUGCCUGAUUUGUUUGCCAAGAAUUACUGGGGUGACAGUCAUGGAUCUAGACAAAGUGCAUCUCAUGAGGGUGGUAACGCACAGGAUCAUCUAGCUGAUGCUUCUACAGCUGCUUCUCAGGAUGUGCCUUUGGACGACACUGAAGCACCAGGAGAGACAGAAAAGUCAGACUUACCGCCUCUACCAACGAAGGAGGAAGAGGUGCCAAAGGAGAAGUCAGAGGGCAUGGAAACAACCGGAGCGCAGCAACCUGCACCUACAUCCAAUGACAAUGAACCUCUUGAAAAGCAGGAGAGUGACUCAACAAAGCUUGAAGUUGAUGACACAGAGAUUUCCACCGCACUUCCCAACUCAGCGCAAGCUGUCAACGAGACUAUUGACAAUCUCGAACAAAGUAAUGAUCCCACUCAAGUUGAGCAAGACUUUCUUGACAAAGACGAACCAAAUGCUACUGCUUCUUCGGUGGCAUUAAAAGAGGAUAUUGAUGACGCCUUUGAUACUGUACCUAUCAGCGAGGAAAAUAUAAUUGAAGUAGAAACAAAGAUAAGUGAUCAUCCUGUCCUAGAGGGGGGGACCGAGUUGCCUCAACAGUCAGCUGAUACCCCUUCUACAAAAGAGGCUGACGCUGAAAGUGAAAAGCUGAAAUUAGAAGAGGAAAAGACGACAAAUGAGAAAGAAAAGGAGGAAAAGCAAGCGGAAAAAGCGAUUGAGGAGGAAAAAUUUGAACAAAAGGAGGAGAAGGAACAGCAGAAGGAAGAAAUGGAGCACGUCAAGAAGGAAAAGAACGAAGUCAGAGGACAGCAAGUGGAUGAAAAGAAGGAGAAAGAGGAGGGUGACCUCCUUGAAAACGACGAAGUGAACGUUGACGAUGAUUCAACUUCAAAAGAAAAUUCGCCUGCCCCAAAUGGAAAUGGCUCAAAGAAGAAGAAAAAGAAGAACAAGAAGAAUAAAUAG